CGACCAUGGCAGGUGAGAGUUACCCCGGCUUCCUUCCACCCUUCAAGCGCUUCGCCACCCAUGCCAUCCACGUCGGGCAGGAGCCCGACCAGUGGAGUUCCUGGGCCGUGGUGCCGCCCAUCACGCUCUCCACCAUCUUCAAGCAGGAGGAACCCGAGAAGAACAAGGGUUAUGAAUACACCCGGUUUGGGAAUCCGAACCGUCAUGUCCUGGAAACGGUUGCGGCUGCCCUCGAUGGAGCCAAACACUGCUUGGCUUAUUCCUCUGGCAUGGGAGCAAUUCUGAACAUCUGCCACCUGCUGAAGACAGGGGACAAAAUUGUCUGCACAGUUGAUGUCUAUGGAGGCGCAAGAGAAUUAUUUGAGAAAAUAAAAGAGGAGUUUAAUUUGAAAGUGCAUUAUAUUGACUGCACAGACCUACAAAAGCUGGAAGCUGCAAUUACACCAGAGACCAAGCUGGUUUGGCUCGAGAGCCCCACCAACCCCACGCUGAAGGUGAUCGACAUCCAAGCCUGCGCAGACGUGGCGCACAGGAAGCAGAAGGGAGUGCUGGUGGCAGUGGACAACAGCUUCAUGUCUCCAUAUUUCCAGCGUCCUUUGUCCCUGGGGGCUGAUAUUUGUAUGUCUUCUGCAACCAAGUACAUGAAUGGGCACAGCGAUGUUCUCUUGGGCCUGGUCUCUGUAAACCGGGAUGAUCUCUAUGAGAGGCUCAAAUUCCUGCAGAUCCGCCUGGGAGCUGUUCCCUCUCCCUUUGACUGUUACAUGUGUAACCGGGGGCUCAAGACUCUGCACAUCCGGAUGAAGCUGCACUUCCACAACGGCCUGGCUGUGGCCAAGUUCCUGGAAACCCAUCCCAGGGUGGAGAAGGUCAUUUACCCAGGGUUGUCUUCCCACCCCCAGUACUCUGUGGUGCUGAAGCAGUGCACUGGUGUUUCUGGCAUGGUCAGCUUCUACAUCAAAGGGGAAAAAGAAAAUGCUGUUGCCUUCCUCAAGAACCUGAAGGUGUUUACCCUGGCUUUUAGUCUGGGUAGCUACGAGAGCCUGGCAGAGCAUCCGGCCACCAUGACCCACGCCUCAGUGCCUGAGGAGGAAAGGAAAGCUCUGGGAAUCACUGACACCUUGAUCCGCCUCUCAGUGGGGCUGGAGGAUGAGGAGGAUUUGAUCAAAGACCUGGACCAGGCCCUGGAGGCUGCGGUGAGUGAGGAGUUCCCCUCCAGAAAUAAUCCCCAACCAACCUUCAGCUCCUCCCAGAUGGACCCUGGGCUGUGGAUUUAGAGUUUCCCUCUGCCCAGGCACAUUCCCCAUGGAUUGAGGAGCAGUUGGGAUGUCCCAGGCACAGUUCCCAUGGAUUCAGGAGCAGUUGGGAUGUCCCAGGCACAGUUCCCAUGGAUU